AUGGUCAAAACUGCAUCAAGUAAAGUUGGUCGUGGCGUCGUAUAUGUUGAUGUUCCUGCUUGCAAUGAUAAUUUGGAUGAAGAAUUUGGCGUAGCAUUUGGGGCUUUGAAAGCUUUUAAGCGUGGUGCUAAAGUGUAUAAAGCAAAACAUGGCAGACCUGCGGUUAUUGUUUAUGAUAACGUUAGCCAGUUGAUUCCAAAACAUCCAGGUAUCCUUGAUACCCUCCAAGAUGAUGCAAAAAAAAGUUCUGAUGACCAUUUAUACAUCGCGGUGUUUGUCAGUAGUGAAGGCGUGGUUCCAAGAAGAGUGGAAUCUCGUAGUUCCUGGUCACGAGCAAAAAACCCACCAAUAGAAAUUGGUGACCUUAACGAGGAAGAAUCAAUAAAAUAUUUGACUGAGAUACAUAAAAUCACCGAAAAAGCGGAAGAAUUAUAUCAAUUGGUCGGUGGUCGCAUUUUAGAGUUGAAAGAUGUUGCAACUGAUUUUUUGUCCGGACAAUCCAUUGAAGAUAUCAGGGAGAAAAUAUUACUUGAACCCCAUAACAAACUUAAUUCAGCAAAAAUACUUGAAGGUCAAAAACAUCAUGAAGCAGGAAAACGUGUAAUUGACGCUUUGCUGAGAUCCAAAGAGAUUAAUAUUGAUGAAUUUAGAAAAUUAUUUGCGAAUGAAGAGGAAUACGGUGAAACCUUAGAAGCUAACAUGUUUGCAUUUCAUCCUUCAAUAAAUACCGUGGGUUUCCAAUCGCAAUCAAUAGAAUAUUACAUUCGGAAAAACUAUGAUGGAUUUGCUGAUCUAGUUAGCCUCAGUUCUAAUUACGCAUCAACCUCCAAAUCAUAA